CGCAAGUGAAUUUGAAGUGUUUUCGUCUGUUUUGGUCACAAGUUUUUGUGAAGAUGGCUGUGUUCGGUCCAAAUAAACGCCGGAAAAUUCCCGUUCCCAAAAGGCACGGAGUGCGUGAUCCAUUGAAAAAGCUAGCCGAACGUGAGGCAGCAAUCAAAGACAAAGUAAACAACCCUCCGAAGGAACGGGACGUUCAGGAGGUUUCGAAUCGUUUCAAACGAUUCGUGCAACUUAAGAAUCAAUCACAGAAUGGCACCGUAGACAGUAGGCCCAACCAACGGGGCCGCAAGCGUCAGAAACCACGAAGCAACCUGCGAGUGGGUGGUUCCGUAGUUGAACAACUGCCGAAAGAGUCGGAAGAAGCUUUCCUAAAGCGGGCCAGUAAAGUUCAGGAGGAUCGGGCUUUGGAAGCCGGUUUCACUAGCAAGUUCAAUGUGGAAGUUGAACGCAAUGAGGAAACUGGAGCCGUUCGACUGAAGAAAAAGAAACGCUACGAAAUAGACGAGCUGCUGGAACGUAAAGCUAAGGAAGCUAAAGGAAUUCGUGGCAAUAAGCGAGCUCAACUGCAGGAAAAGAAUAAAAAGCCUACGUUAGCGGAGAAGAAAGCACUGAAAAAACAGAAAGAGGAAGAGAAACGGCGAAAGGAGGAAGAUAAACUACUGGAGGAAUAUCAGCAGGAUACGGUACAGUUUGGUGAGAUUGUUCACGGUCCGCCUACGCUAAACACAAAGCCAAGACAUGCCGAAAAACUAGAGGGAGCGCCACGGCCUGGAACGAAACGCCUUCUGUUGCAUGGUUUGCUAGACUCAAGCAACCAAGAAGAAACGGAGGAGCAAAGCGUACCGAAGAAAAGGUCCAAGAAAAAGGCGAAGCAAAAUCAACAGCUGGAUCUGAAGGGAAAGCGUAAAAAGUUGCCCAUAGCCACUCGCCUAAAGCUUGAACAGGAGCAGCAGAAUGUGGUCGAAAUGUACAGGCAGCUGAAGAAGGUCAAGAAGAAUUAGUUUGUUUAGGAAGAAAAUAAAAUAUGAAUUAUUGCGAGUGGUUUUCUUUUCUUUUCCGUACAAAUUCAACAUUGUAUCGAAUAAUGAUUAAAUCUACUGUUUAUUGUAAAUCCAUUUGUGUCUAACAACAGAAGAGAAA